AAAAAUUUGCACGAUCAUAGGGAGACUUCGCCGAACAGCUGAGCUCAAAGCCCAUUUGGAUGUUCAUUCAAAAGCAUUCUUUCUUUCAAUUUCAAUCUGUACCAGCUUGCUAUGUUCGUCGAGCAAGAGGUGAAUCUAUUGAAAGGGGUACGUGGAGAAAUUGAACUCAUUAGAGAUGAAUUUGAGCGCAUGAAGGCCUUCUUAAAGCACACUGAGUCAUCGAAAGACGAUGACCCUAAGUUGAAGGUUUGGGUGAAACAAGUCAGGGAUGUUGCAUAUGAUGUGGAGGAUAUUCUAGAUGAAUACACGCUCAACUUGGCAAGAGAUCACGGAGAUGGGGUCAUGAGGUACCUCCACAAGAUCAAGCUAUCCAUAAACAACUUGAAAGAGCGCCGUCAUCUCUCCUCCAAAUUAACAGAUAUUAGGACAAAAGUCCUCAGCAUUAGCGAAGGGCAUCGACGAUACCAUUUCAAGUCGUAUUGCGCAGAGCAAAGUGCGAGCGCAUCCAUUGGAGGCACCUCAUGGCACGAUCUUAGGGAGGACACCUUUCCAGUCGAGGAAGGUGAAUUGGUGGGGAUUGAUCAGCCAAGAGAAGAGCUUAUUAAGUGGCUUGUUGACGGACAACCUGAACUUGAAGUUGUAUCAAUAUUAGGGAUGGGGGGUUCAGGGAAGACCACUCUAGCAGAAAGAGUGUACGACAAUCACCAAGUAAAAGCCUACUUCCAAAGCCACGCAUGGAUUAGUGUCUCGCAAUCCUAUAAGAUUCAGGAUAUUUUGAGGGACAUGAUUGGACAACUUCAUGGAGAAAUUGAGCAACGAGCCCCACAAGGAAUAGAAUCCGCAAAUAGUGUGAGGCUCAAGCAAAUAUUGAAAGACUUUUUGCACCAGAAAAGGUAUGUUAUUGUUCUAGAUGAUGUAUGGAACUUGGAAGCACUAGAAGGUAUAAAAAGUGCAAUGCCCAAUGGCAGUUGUAGUAGCCGGAUAAUAAUUACUACUCGCAUAGCUAAUAUUGCUACUUUCUCAUCCAACCAAUCAAAAGUUUAUAUCCGUAAGCCCUUGUCUCGAGAAGAAUCAUGGUCCUUAUUCUGCAAAAAAGCCUUUCGUGGGAAACUCUGUCCUCCUCACCUAAAAAACCUUUCACGACAGAUUUUGAAAAAAUGUGAGGGUUUGCCACUUGCUAUAGUGGCAAUUGGUGGUCUUCUCUUUGCAAAAGAUGUCCAAGAAUGGGAGAUGAUUUCUCACAGCCUUGCUGUAGAAUUAGAAAGCAAUGAUAGGAUGCAAAUUUUCAGGAAAAUUCUCAGCUUGAGCUAUAUUGAUUUGCAUUAUAACUUGAAAAGUUGCUUUAUGUACUUGGGUUUAUUUCCAGAGGAUCGCGUGAUUGAGUGUAUGACACUCAUUCGUUUGUGGAUUGCAGAAGGAUUUAUUGAGGAAAGAGAGCGGAUGACACAGGAGGAGGUUGCUUAAAGAUACCUGAACGAGCUAAUAAACAGAAAUUUGGUGCAAAUUGCAGAAACAGAUUUAGAAGGAAGGCUAAAAACUUGUAGGAUACAUGACCUAAUGCGUGAAAGUAUCCUUUCUAAGUUAAAGGAUGAAAACUUUGUUUCGUUUUUGUCUGAGGAGACAAAAGAAUUGC